AUGUCUAAACAUUUUGAUCAAUGGAAACACGACGCAUUAUCAAGUGAUAAAGAAGAUUUAUCACGUAAACAUUCUAUAGAUGAUUACAUUGUUAAUGUAAUUAAUCGAAUAAAUGGUCAUAAUGAUUAUUACACAAGUUCAUCAUGUUCAGGUCGAACGCUUGUGCUUUCUUCAUCAUCAACGGUAACAUCAUCAACGAAAAGUGAUUGUCAAUGGUUAUAUGUUACCCACGAACAUGCUGAUUUAGAACUUGUAUUGAAUUGUUUAGAACAACGACCAAAAGAAAUCGAUAUGGUAUCAAUUAAAUUUGAAGCAUUUAUUUUACAUGUGAUUUGUCGAACAUUGGAAUGUGCAAAAGUAUUACUUAAUAUCGCUCUUGAAUGUGGCUAUAGAAACUCAGGUUUAGUCAUAUCAAAUCAAGGAAAAAUUACACUUGCUAUACGUUCAACACAUGUACUUGAAGUUCCAUUAGUGAUUGGAGGAAAUCUAGCUGUUGAUCAAAAUUAUAUUACACAAAUUGUAUCGAUUGCAAAUGAAAAAAUGACUGCUAAUAAGACGAAAAUCGAUAAAUUCAGUUUAUGUAUUGAAAACAAAUUAAAUAUAACAUAA